AUGCAGGCUCAGUACGGAGGUAACGACAAGCCUGGUGUCCUCCAAAUGUUCCCGUCCGCCUGGUUGCCAUAUGUCCAGCUCGUCCGGCUGUGGCCUCCAGCCGCGCUUCUCCUCAUUUUCUUCCCCCACGCAUUUGGCAUCCUGCAUGCUGCAAUUAAAAUGCAAGCUCCAGCAGAGCACGUCUUGCCAACCAGCAUUACGAUCUUUAGGGGCUGCUUCCUCUUCUCCAAUGCAGCUCACACAUGGAACGAUCUGAUCGACGCACCCCUGGACGCCCAAGUGGAACGGACACGAAAAAGACCAAUCCCUCGUGGGGCCAUCACACCAAAAGCGGCUAUUAUCUUCGGAUCCACUCAGGUGCUAGGUGCUGUCAUCUUUCUCGCAUGUAUGCCGUUAGGGGUUUCGACUUCCGGUCUAUACGCGUUACCCAACAUCAUCAGUACGACCUACUACCCGUUCGCUAAGCGGCACACUCGGUUCCCACAACUCGUUCUCGGCUUUUGUCUUGCAUGGGGUGUGGUCAUGGGAGAGGUGGCCAUGGGACUGCAGCCCAUUGCUUACUCUCCAGGCAAGGCCAGUGUCGCCGUCGACACUUCGGUCAUCUUUCUCGUAACGGGAACUGCUUUGUGGGUCCUCAUCUAUGACACAAUAUACGCGCAUCAGGACCUUCAAGCCGAUCUGAAAAUUGGGAUCAAGAGUUUAGCAGUGCUGCUGCAAGGCCACACCAAAGCGGUGCUGUGGCCCGUCCUGAUGCUCAUGACCGGCCUCCUAGUGGAAGCUGGCCGAGCAAGUGGGCUAGGGACAUCGUAUUACCUUUUUGCAGUGUGCGGGGCUAGUGUGUCUCUCGGUCUCAUGGUCUGGUACGUAAAUCUGCAGGAUAGUCGGAGCUGUUGGUGGUGGUUCAGCAACGGCUUCUGGUGGACUGGGGGCACUAUCAUGAUUGGUUUGUUGGUGGAAUAUUCAAAGCAGGUCAGAUUUUAG